AUGUCCCUCUACCACGAGACGGCCGAGAUCCUGUCGGCGUCAUCGUCUACGGGCGGCAACCUGAAGACGCGCAUCUUCGGCAAGAAGGAUCUAAAGUCGCCCCAGCAGCAGGUCUAUGCCCUGGCCCUGGAGACCUGCAAAUGGAGCACCGUCCUCAAGGAGGUUAUUGAGAACUCGGAACUCCUGCGACACGAGCGCAAGCUAACCCCCGUGCUCGCGCUCCUCCUCGUCCACGAUUUCCUGCUUGCGAAAAAGGGCAUUGCCCUGCCCGCCUCCCACGGCCUGCGGACCACCAUCGAGCGCCACAAGGCCCGCCUGGGCUCCGAGCUGACACGGGUCCGCCUGCGCCGGAAAGCCGGAUCGAUCGAGGUCUUGCGCCAGCAGAUCAACCUCGACUUUCUGGGCGAAGCCGCGGGGUACCCCCGGUGGGUACGCGUCAACGCACUGCGGACGACGCUGGAAGCCCAACUGGAAGGCGUCUUCAAGGACUUCACGCGGGUCUACACGGUCAAGGAUGUCACAGCAAGCGGCAGUAGUGGGGGGAAGCUUCUGUACGUCGACGAGCAUAUACCGAAUCUACUGGCCCUGUCGCCCGGCUUCGAGAUCACAAAGACCGAGGCCUACACGUCGGGCGCCAUCAUACUGCAAGACAAGGCCUCCUGCUUCCCGGCCUACCUGCUGGACCCGCGCUCCGAGGACGGCGACGUGAUCGACUCGUGCGCGGCGCCGGGAAACAAGACGACGCACCUGGCCGCCAUCGUCCGAUCCCACGGCACCGAGAAGGAGGAGUGCGUGCAAAAGGUGUACGCCUUCGAGAAGGACCGGCGCCGCGCGCGGACGCUAGAGAAGAUGGUCGGGCUCGCCGACGCCAAGGACAUGACGCGCAUCAGCUUCGGCCAGGACUUCCUGAAGGUCGACCCGGACACGCCGCUGUUCGCCCACGUCGGCGCGCUGCUCCUGGACCCCAGCUGCUCGGGCAGCGGCAUCGUUGGCCGCGACAGCAUGCCCACGAUCCACCUCCCGCACGUCCCGGGUACGUUCAAGAAGCCCACGCUGGACAACAGCAGCCGCAAGCGCAAGCGCGAGGAGAGCGGCGCCGCCGCGGAGGAGGGCGAGGGCGAGGGCAAGAACCAACAACAACCAGUCCUCGUCGACGACGACGGCCAGGAGGUGCUGGUCUCGUCCGAGGAGGAGCUGCGGAUGCGACUGGAGGCGCUGUCGUCCUUCCAGCUCACACUAAUCCUGCACGCCUUCCGGUUCCCUGCCGCCCGCAAGCUGACAUACUCGACGUGCUCGGUCCACGCCGAGGAGAACGAGCAGGUCGUCCUGAAGGCGCUGCGGUCCGGCGUGGCCAGGGAGAGGGGGUGGCGCAUCCUCAGGCGCGAGCACCAGGUCCGCGGGAUGCGCGAAUGGCCCGUUCGGGGGUCUGUCGAGGCGAGCAAUGGGGAUGCCGAGGUUGCGGAUUCGUGUAUUCGGUCUUACAAGGGUGAUGGACGCGGCGUGAUGGGCUUCUUCGUCGCGGGGUUUGUGCGGGAUGCGCAAGCUGGCGACGAGAAUGGCGAUGGGCCGUAUGUGAGGGAUGACGACGGUCGCAUUGUGCGGGAUGUCAUGGGCAUGCCGACGCUGAAGGCAGGGAGCGAGCCCCAAGGCUCAUCAUCACAUUACGAUGGACGCGCAUCAGAGAAUAAACCCUCUGAUGGCGACGGGCCCGAUACCGGUUCGGACGAUGUGAGCGGCUCGAGUGUCGAUAGCAGCCUCAGCGAUAGCGAGCAGGAAGAAUGGGAUGGUUUUGGAGAUUGA